AUGACACGUGUAAUUCUCUGCACCGGGAUUGGCCCGGGGUCAGCUGGUGCCAUUGAGCGGCUGCCUUUCGGUGACAGGAGGAGCGGAAACCUCCAGUCCGACGAGAUGAAGGCGCUCUACUUCCUCGUCCUCUUCCUCGGCAGCAGCGCCGCUGAAAUUUAUUGUCAAGAUUACCACACAGACAUAAGUGUUAUCGGCUGCUCCGACACGGACGCCGAAGUGUUCAACGCUCUGGACGGCGAGGACGUCUGGUAUGCGGACUUCAGCGCCAAGAGGAUCGUGGAGCCUCAGCCCAACUUUGUGGAGCACAUGAGCGUUGAAAAAGGCACUUAUCAGGUGGCUGAGAGCGCCGUCGUGACGUGCAGAGUAAACCUCAACGUCACCCGGCGGGCGCUGAGCGAUCAACCGCGACGAUAUGAUCGUCCCGCUCAUCCCGUGGUCUACCCGAGAGACGAAGAGCUGGCGGGAGAGAAAAACACGCUCGUCUGCCACGUCAGCGGCUUCUAUCCGGCGCCCGUCAAAGUCCGCUGGGCCAAGAACGGCGGGGACGCGGCGGCCCCGGGCCGCGGCUCCUGCGCCCCCUACCCGGACGAUGACGGUACUUUCCACCAGACGUUCCGACUGGACUACGUCCCCGCCCAGGGGGACAUCUACUCCUGCGUGGUGGAACACCCGGCGCUGGAGCAGCCGCGCUCUGGCUCCUGGGAGGUGAAUGUGAAACGGACCGGACCCGGACCCACCAUCUUCUGCGCACUCGGACUGACGGCGGGACUCGUCGGCGUGGCUGCCGGAACGUUCUUCCUCAUCAAAGGAAACAACUGCAGCUGAUCGGCUGACCGCCGCUGAUGAUGAUGCCGUCGCUUUUUUUUUUUUUUUUUUUUGCCUGCUUAAAUAAAUACAACAGUGAACCCCUGUCUAUGGUGGAUGAUGGAUGGAAAUUGAUAUCCCAAAAUGUACAUCGAAACAAAGUACCAACCUAACCUGCCAUAAACUGGCUUGCGGAAUUGAGUACGUAUACCGUAAAAAGCCACAAAAACCGUUGCACUUUGCGGGGGGGUUCACUUGGCGUUCCGCUCACCAGUGAUUCCGCCUGCUUGUUUGCAAACUUUUUAGCUACUCUCAGAUGGCAAUAAAGAAAAAGAUCUUCCUCUUAUUUUUGUCAUGCUU